AUGGCGGAUCCAGUGGCAGACUUUUUGGCCCGAGAACAAGAUUUAUUCGCAGAAAUCGAUGGAGCACCACCAGUUGGAGGGCCACCAGUCGCGCCUGCGGGUAUGUUCUUUCAUGGCUUUCUUCACAUCUCUAUCUUUAAUCGCUCAGAUUUUCAAGCUGCUGCUCUUGCAGCUGAUGACCUUGCAGCGUUGAUAGAUCCCCCGUCUGUAGGUGGUGGAGAUUCGGGUGUUGAUCUUGCCGGAAUGGACUAUCAGCCGACCCCACCUGUUCCGCUCGUAAAUGGAAAUGGUGUCAAUAGUCACCAGUCAGCUGCAAGUUCUAAAGGGCCCUCUCCAGUCCCUGUUCCACGCAUUGAGGCUGAAAAUAUUCGUAGAUGGCGAGAGCAGCAGAAAAUACUUUUGGAGAAAAAAGAGGCUCAACCUAGUGCAUCAGAAAAAUUUCGGAGCAUCGGUUUAAUAAACGAGUUGCGUGCAGCAGCAAAAAAAGAAUUAGAGGAUUGGUACAAACAAAGAGACGCUGCACUCAAACUAACAAAGGAAGCGAAUAGGUCUGUGCUUCCAGUAUUAUUUUGA